UCAAUGUUUUCCUUUAGGGCAAUGGUCUCAACCUGCAUUUCUCCAGGGACAGAGUCCAGUAACGUUUAGACGUGUUUCUUGUCUUGCAGACUUGAAUUAAUUGGCAAAACAUCCUCACUAGCAUGCAGUCAAGCUAUACUGAGCUACGCUAAUUAGCUAAUAUUGGAGCCAGGUGUGAUGAAGCAGAGAGACCUUAAAGUUUCAGGACAGUGGCCGUUAAGGAAUGGAGUUUGAGAUCGCUGCUUCAGGGUUUUGCUAACUGAAAAAGUUAUAGAUAAAGUGACGGUAGUAACUUAUUUAAGAUUUCUUCUUUUUUUUUUACUUUUUGUUUGGGUAGGAUACUGCAAAACCAAAAUGAAGGUCUGCAGCAAAGUUUACUGAAGACAGCAGUGAGGAUGGAGUGUUUGGGAGAAGAGUUCAUCAGUAGCCAGAAGAUCCUGGAAACUGAACUUCAGAGGACUCGCAUGGAGCUCAGCAACCUCAUGGGCAGGUUUAACAGGCUCCAUGAUGAUUGUUCCUCCACACAACAGACCAAUAGUCUUCUAGAGUUAAAGCUUCACUCAGUGCUUCAGAAUAUGGAAGGAGAGCGAGAAAGGUUGAAUCUGCGCAUCUCAGAAUUGACCGAGCAACUGAGUGACGCUCAGUAUGCCAGCACCAUGGAAGAAAUAAACGCAGCAGCUGGGCCGCGUGAAGUCAACCCACGCUCUCUUUCUGGUGAUGCACUCCCGCAGAUGACUCCUCCAAUCGCUCCCCCACCGGCUCAGUUCAUGGACAGCCAUAACUAUGGGAAAGAAGCAAACUCUGCACCGGAGCAGGCUUUGGGGUCGGUUCCAGAGGAGGAGGAAUCUGACUGGUCCGAGGUGGGAGAGGAGACCCCACGCCUCUUACUGACGGGAUCAAACAGAGGCCAGGCAUGGAGGCCAGAAGAAGCAGACAUGGACAAAGACAGCGAGUCGGGAAGUGAGGACCUAGUGAGAAGACACUCUCCGCGCCCUCUGCAGAUACCCCAUCUUCAGUUCACCAUUCACAACGAGUUCGUCCCAUCGUCCCACACCAACACUUUACCUUCCGGCUUCAAGAAUCUGUCUGAGGGCAUGUGUAAGGAGGAGAGUUACAGGAUCACCACAAGUCCAAAUGUUAAGUCUACCAUCCUCAUCCGGUCUGCGAGCCUAGAAGAAAUACCUCUGACACGACACGACGAAGAGCUCAGAGGAACGGAGGCCGCGCAGAGCCUUCACCAUUCAGCUGACGAAGCCGUCGAGGAUCUCGAUAAUCAGAUCAUUCAUCACUGGCGAAUGAGCGGUGAUAGGGACACGGUCAUCAGGAGGCUGAUAAAGAGCAGAGCGCCCGAGGAAGACGGCAUCCUAGCCAGCCUGCAGUCAGCGGAACAGCUGCUCAAUCACUUCAUAUGCGACCCUACGUCGGGUGAAGGAAGAGAGCCGGCCAGGUUUGAGAUGCACGGUUGGACCGGGGGGAUUCCAGAGGAGGUUCUGAAAGGGGAGCGAACUCAGCUCUGACUGUUCACUGUAAAAAAACAAAACAAAACAAAAAUGCUGCUGAAGAUUGGGUUUUCGAAUGCUUGCUAAUGUAUUUAUGUUUUAUAAUAAACUGUAAAUUAGUAGGUACCUUGCCAGUUAACUUCUAAUUGUAUCUUUCAUUGUGUUUCAUGACAAGCAGUCCACUCCCUUUGUCACUAACACGCUGCUGAACUGAUCACAAUCCCAGCUAUAAAGCAGAUUCUUUUCCCUCUUCUUUCAUAAACAUACCAAUGAUAUUUAUGACGGUGUAGCGACAAAGAUUUUUACCCAGCAUCUAGAGUUGUCUUUUAAAUAAUGUAUGAUUAAUGGAUUUGAAAUGGCUAACAGUUACUGGAGUGAGAUAAAACGGUGAAACACUGAACCACCGGUGUGCAGCUUGAAUUCAACCACCGGCUAAUUUGUUGCAGAAUAUUUUGUCGUAAAAUGAAAAUGUUUAGGGAUGGCUUUCUAAAUUUUUGUGUUCUCUAUGCCGUAUGAAAUUGUAGACACCAUCUUGUUUGCAUGUACAUGUAUAUGUAUGCUUGUAUGUAUUCAUAGUAUUUUGUCUUUAUAUGACCUCAUUAUACAUUCUUGAACUGUAAACUGUGACAAUACUAGAUUAGCUUGUCAAAACACCCGAUCACAACUCAUGUAGGUACGUCCAUAUUCCAUUUAAUAAAGCAAAUAAGUUAGA